AUGGAGAGCGAGAAGAAGAUCAUUGAGAGGAUAAACAAGAUGGAAGAGAUGAUCAAGAAAGCUCGUAAGAUGGAAGACCUCAUGGACUACCAAUCACUCUCACCAUUCCCUGAUGUGAGAUUGCCUCCUAAGUUCAAGAUACCAACCUUGGACAAGUUCGACAGGACCAGCUGCCUAAAGUCCCAUUUGAAAAUGUAUAUGAGGGCUAGGCAGCCCCUAGGAGCAACUGAAGAACUACUUGCUCAAAUGUUUAAAAACACCCUGACUAGAGCCGCUCUUAGAUGGUUCCUCAACCUAGAUGAUGCUAGAGCAAGGAGCUGUAAGGACAUCUACCGCGAGUUUCACAAUCAAUACAAAUACAACAUAGAAAUGGAUGUGACAAGGAGAGAUUUGGAGGCCACUAAGCAAGAGCCGAAAGAAUCCUUCUCUACCUUCAUUACCAAGUGGAGGUCCAACGUGGCACAGAUGAUGAAUAGGCUAAGUGAAGAAGAAAAAUUAUCCAUAAUUGUAAAAAACUUUUUGCCUGUAUACCAUAAAUAUUUGUUUGCCUUGUAUUUUCCUAAUUAUAAAGCUUUGAUUGCUGCUGGAACCCAAAUUGAGGAUUCAAUAAAUAAUGGCACUAUAAAGAAUAAGGACCCACCAAGGUUAAAAAGAAUUUAG